AUGAUUAGGACCACCUCGAUAUCUGAGUCGGAGAACAGCUUCUACAAAAACUUUUUGAAGCCACGCAACAAUAUUGCCGAAUUCUACUUGAAUUUCAACCAAGCUUUGGAAUUUCAGCGGGAUAGUAGAACAAAGUUGGACUACCAAGACGCUAAUGCCUUGCCUAUAUUGGCCACUACCUUGCCGUUUGAGAAACAUGCUUCAACGAUGUACACAGAUAGUAUGUUCAAGAAAAUACAAGAGGAAAUUGUUGAGGGUAAUGACAAAUGCCGCGUGUUGGGGUUCUCCUCUGAAGACCUGGUCGACACCUACAAACUUGGGGACAGCCUUCGCAAUUCUUACUUUGUUAGACAUGAUAAGAGUGACGCGUCAUACUCUUGCGAUUGCAAACUUUUCGGUAGGCAGGGAUAUCUGUGCAGUCAUAUCUUCUUUUUGUUCAGGAACAAUGAAGUGAAAAAGAUUCCGGAUCAAUACUGCGCAAGUAGAUGGAUGAAGACUCCGUUAGCCAAGGCUGUCCAUGGUCAGUUUGAUGACACUCUACCUACCAAGUCCAUCGUUGAUGAAAAGCAAAACGUUUCAAAGCAAGGGAUCUCACUAUUCUAUGGUUUUCUUCGUCGAUUUGAGACGGACAUUGAUGUGCUUCGUGCAUUCGUAGGUGGACUGGAGGAACUUGGUAAUUCACUUCAAGCUGGAACUCCUACAACAUCCGCCUCUGAGAAGAGGCGAAUGAUUGAACAGUUUUAUGGAAUGGAAAGGCCGGAAGUCGUUGAGGUCCAUCCUCCGGAUGUUGUAAAGACAAAGGGCCACGCGAGCAGUUCCGCAAGCCGUCUGAUUUCCAAGAGAGAAAAAGCUAUCAAGGACGCUACUAGGCCCCUUAGACGGUGUAAGGCAUGCGAUGAGUUGGGCCAUCACGACUCCAAAAAUUGUCCAAUGCUUAAACAGCUGGAAAAAGAGAAGGAGCAGCAUAAGGGAAAGAGGAAAUGUUGA